UAGCGAUCGCAUUUUCGAUUGCAAUUUCAGUCUGAGCAUAGCACGGGUCGUGUGUUGAUAUAACCACACGGCGAGCCCCCCCGGUUCUUAAGUUACAUAUCCGAGUCCCUUGAUCCGUAGUAGUCCCAUCCGGUGCGAUCCCGCAGGUAACCGGUUUGUUCCAUCAGAAUCCGAGCCCGGUAAUCCUGCAGCCGGUUGAAAUCUCUGGAGAUAUUCUCGAAUCAGUGAUUGACGGUGACCAAGUGUGAAGUUGCGAAUCUGUAUCAACCUGUGGAUUGGAAAGUCGCGGAACACCUGGCAUUCCUCGUAGCCAACCUUGGCUAGGUCCGUGCGAGUGUGUUUCAUUGCUAAGUGAACCUUCGAAGUGGAAACACCGCAGAGCUGCAGUCGGCUUCGGUUGCCACGCAUGGAUUAGUCCGGAUUCCUUGAAAGGAAUUCAACGAAAAAAAAAAUCACCGAGCCAUUCAAGGGUGCAUCUACAGUGCGUUUGGUGUGUUACGAUCGAUGUGUGUAUGUGAGAACAUCGCACGGCAUUAGCGAGGAUUAACUGAGUGAUUUCGUUUGGUGGCGCAAAACAGGAAAAGAAAUUGUUGGAAGUUGAAAUACAUUCACUGGAUACGAUAGCGAGGAAUAAGUAAAGUGGCCCAGGUUGGCAUUUUCCUGUGAGUGGAAAUACUGCAAAUUCUUCCAAAGUGCUAAUACGAGUUCAAGUGGUUACGAUGGCCAUAGACUGGCGAAAUAGUGUGAACGCGAUAGCACUCGGUGCUAUCGUCAUUGCCCUGGUGGGUGCGUUCCAGACGGAGGCCGUUCGGGUGACGCCGGCACAACCUUCGCCGACUUCCAGACGCGUUACAGAUGAUCAGACACCUGCUUCAUCAUGGUGGUCAUCACAGGUUGCCGAUGCCGUUCCCGCCCCGAAGAACUACUAUCAGGCCACACAUGGUCUGGUGCAGACACAUCCGUCACUGACCAAGAGUGGUCCCCAGGCUCUGCCUCUGACGCAGCCACGAGUGCCAUCCGCUGGAUCCCUAGCCAGUGGGUUCCCAUCGAUUGCCAACGCAAACCCACGAUCGCCGUUCCGCCAUUUGGACUUCAGCAGCAGCGCCACCGCCGAACUGAGACGUAACCCAAGCCUUUCCGCGCCCGAUGAGUGUGCCCGAGCUUGCCGUGAAGGAGAACCUCCAAGGAUUUGCUACUAUCACUUCACCGCCGAAUACUACACCGUUUUGGGAGCGGCCUGUCAAGUAUGUACCCCGAAUGCCACCAACACCGUAUGGAGCCACUGUCAGUGCGUGUUGGCCGAUGGUGUCGAGCGAGGUAUCCUGACCAUCAACCGUAUGAUUCCCGGCCCGAGUAUUCAGGUGUGCGAGAACGACCGAGUUGUGAUCGAUGUCGAGAACCACAUGGAAGGUAUGGAGUUGACCAUUCAUUGGCACGGAAUCUGGCAGCGAGGAACCCAGUACUACGAUGGUGUCCCGUUCGUGACGCAGUGCCCCAUCCAACAAGGAAACACCUUCAGAUACCAAUGGACUGGUAAUGCAGGUACUCACUUCUGGCACGCUCACACCGGUCUCCAGAAGCUGGAUGGUCUGUACGGCAGCAUCGUCGUCCGCCAGCCUCCGUCCCGUGACCCCAACUCCCACCUGUACGACUUCGAUCUGACCACGCACAUUAUGCUGGUAAGCGAUUGGCUCCAUGAAGAUGCCGCCGAACGGUACCCAGGUCGUCUCGCCGUCAACACCGGUCAGGAUCCCGAAUCGCUGCUCAUCAACGGCAAGGGACAGUUCCGUGACCCCAACACCGGUUUCAUGACCAACACUCCUCUCGAAAUCUUUACCAUCACCCCUGGCCGCCGUUAUCGAUUCCGUAUGAUCAACGCCUUUGCCUCUGUUUGCCCAGCCCAAGUCACCAUUGAAGGACACGGCCUCACAGUCAUCGCCACCGACGGAGAACCAGUGCUUCCAGUGCAAGUCAACACCAUCAUUUCAUUCUCAGGCGAACGAUACGACUUUGUCAUCAGUGCCGACCAGCAAGUGGGUGCCUACUGGAUCCAGCUUCGAGGUCUCGGCGAGUGCGGUAUCAAACGGGCCCAGCAGUUGGCCAUCCUCCGAUAUGCCCGCGGUCCAUACCAGCCAGCCUCUCCGCCACCAACUUACGACGUCGGUUUGCCCCAGGGAGUGGUCCUCAAUCCGCUGGAUGCCGUAUGUAACGUACCCCGACCGGACGCGAUCUGCGUCAGUAAUCUGCGAAGUGCCAAAAAGCUCGACAAAGCCGUCCUAACCGAACGACCGGAUGUGAAAAUUUUCCUUCCGUUCCGAUUCUACUUCUACCGAGUGGAAGAGCUAUUCACACCCAAUACCUACAACAAAUUCCUAGUUGCGCCGGGCGGUGAUCACCUGAUUUCGCUGAUUGACGAAAUUUCUUACGUGUCACCGCCAUCGCCAAUGCUGUCCCAAAUCGAGGACAUCCCACCGGAGCAGUUCUGCAACGGUGACAACCGCCCCCCAGACUGCGGCCCGAACUGCAUGUGCACCCACACGGUUGAUAUUCCCCUGAACGCGAUCGUUGAAGUCGUCCUGGUAGAUGAAGUCCAACAAGACAAUCUCAGUCAUCCGUUCCACUUGCACGGUCACUCCUUCAACGUGAUCGGUAUGGGCCGAUCGCCCGAUACCACCGUCAAGAAAAUCAACCUGCGCCAUGCACUCGAUCUGGAUCGCCGCGGUCUGCUGAACCGACAGUUCAACCUACCCCCACUGAAGGAUACGGUGGCAGUGCCCAACAAUGGCUACGUCGUGAUGCGGUUUAGAGCCAACAAUCCAGGCUACUGGCUAUUCCAUUGCCACUUCCAGUUCCACAUUGUAAUCGGCAUGAAUCUGGUCGUCCAUGUCGGAUCCAAGGCCGAUCUUCCCCCAGUGCCACCAAACUUCCCGCGGUGUGGAAACCACAUACCUCCGAUCAGGUUCAACUAGGACCCGAAGUAGUUUUAAGGCAGCGUAUAGAAUAAGUAUUGUAGGGAAACCCAGACGACGAGGAAUUGUCGCUAAGGACGGAAGCGAUACAGCACAUGUAGAGAGACAGACACAACCUGACCGGACGAACGUACAAGAAGAGGAAGAAGAAGCUAGGAGCUAUUAGAUAGUUUGAUCCGAACGAGUUUAGUGAAUUGUGUAAUUUUUGUUGAUACGUAAGCGCUUCGUUAGUUGUAAUUUAGACCAAUUGUAUCGUUAUGCUCAACAGACUGUCUUUAAGUUUAUUUUCGGUUACUGUUUUUUGUAUCUAUAUGAGUUUGCGCUGAUUUUCCCCUCGAAAGACGAUAAUAUAUUAACAAAAUAAUUAUAUAUGUAGGAUAGGUAACUUAAAUCCAGUUAUUUCGUUGACUCUUACGUACUUAUGAAAAGGAGGAUGUUCACCUAGUUCAUGGCUCGAGAAUGGUUUGAGCGCUUCAUUCUUCAUUACCUGAUCAAAAUAUCUCUUUGCUGCAGUUGCCAAGCACAAACUAGUUCCUAGUUGUGAACUUUCCUUUAAAUAAUUUAAUAAUUUGAAAACAACCCAAGUAACCAGGGCUCUGAAGUACCAAUUUAUGCAUAGAAAAACGGUGCAUAUAAAACCUUACAUUACUGUUUAACUACAAUAAAGUUGAUUUGAAGUGAAAAAGGGAUCCAUAAAUGCCGAGCUUAUGUAACAAGCUAUAAUCCUAUGAGCCCUUUCCCAAUUUAAAUUACCUUCAAUUGAAGUAAUACUGUAAUGCUAACUUUAAAUACACCAAUUAUAUGCUUUAUUUGUAGCUUCGGCACCAUGGUUAUCUGGAAAGCUAUUUUGAGUUUCUAAAACUCUUAUUAGACUUCCUUUGCUAAAUGUAUUUAUAGACAUUUGGAACUCUUCUAUGUAAGAAAAGUUUGCGUAUUUGACAGAUGAACAUCCUCUAAUUUAUGUUCAAUAACUUUGCCAGGUAGAUAGUAAAAAGUGUGUUAUUCUGAUCUGCAAACAUUUUGGCGUCGAGCUUCAAAAAUACAUUAAGGUAUGCGCCCAUUUAACUUGAUCCUUUAUUAGGAUGAAAUAUAACCUCUGGGACGACACCCCAGAGACAGUGAAGCAAAGCCAUGAUUAUGAAAUUUAUUAGACUAUUAUACCCUGCAAUGCACAAGCUUCCAAUAUACCGACACCAAGAGCAAUAAAUAGAAAUCAAUGUAUACUCCAACCGAGCAGUAAUAUCAUUGUAGAAAAUGACACCUCGUUUUACGUUAAGCCUAAUAUCUCAUUUUUUAAUUCCCAAAACGUUUCAAAGGCCAAAUUCUCUCGCCGACAUAAUCCAUCAUCUUUAAAUUGCUCAAGCAAUCCAUCAGUUUACAAUACUGCAGUACUUUCCAGUCCCUUUACAUUUUUCGAAAAUUAUCCUCAUCAUCAUCAUUGCCAAGCACCCACCAUCAAAAUAUGUUAGCAUUAAUAUCGUUUUAAGUGCUCGCUUUUACGAUAGAAGAGAAAACAUACUGCGGAGAGAGGCGAUGUAAGUAACGUAUAGGAAAAAGAUGUGUUCUUGUAGAUAUUAAUCGAUGAUACCAAAAGACUCGAGAGACCGACAAACCACAUGGAGUAAUUCCGGUCCAAGACAAAUUUCGGUAGGAUGAAAGUCUUUGAUAUACCCUCGUGUGACACACCCAAAUGGCACACAAAAGCGCACAUAAACACACCCACGUGAGUGUUAUUAAAUUCUCAUAGGUAGACGACUAGAGACCAAACCAAGGGGAAGCAGAAUAAACAACCACAUAGUCAAGUUGAUUAGGAAAAACGAAAAGACAUUGAGACGUUGUUGGUCGUAGAUAGGAUAAUGUUUGCAUACCCGCAACAGUUGGCUCGAUGUAGACCGGGUUAUGAAACUCAAACGAGACGACAAAGGUGCUUCUUGUAGAUGAUUCAAUCACGUGUAGGACGAGGCAUGAUAAAAA